ACAUAUCUAUAUAUAAACAUGCAUAUACCCAGCACUUAACUCCAAAGCAUAGGACAACUUUGUUGCAUGUUUCCAUUAAGCAAACAUGAAGCAAAAAAUAGUUAUGAGGAUGCAAAUGGAUUGUGAAAAAUGCAGAAACAAGGCGCUGAAAACUGCUGCGGAGGUAAAAGGUGUGACUUCGGUGGCAUUAGAAGGGGACGACAAUGACCGUGUGGUGGUGACGGGCAACAAUGUGGACACGAUUUGUCUCAUCAACCAAAUGAACAAGAAGUUCAAGUGUGUGGCGAUUCUUAAAGUAGAAGAGGUGAAGAAGAAGGAGGAGAACAAAUGUUGUGCCGUUUUGUGUCUCCCAUCGUCUUCGCCGUCGUCGUGCACCAACUGUUCGGGUAAUUGCAAAUGUGUGCUUGUAUGCUCAUCAAAAUGCGAGGGCAAAUGUGACAAGUGCGAGAAAUGCGAAAGCCCUAAAUGCAAAUGCAGGUGUGUGUUGGUAUGUUCAAAGUGUCAAAGUGCAAAGUGUGAUGGGAAUAGGUGUCUUGUUAUAUGCUUCAAGUGCAAAAGUCCUACGUGUGAUGGCCAACGUUGUAAGCCUCUUCCACAACCAUGCUAUGCUAAUAAUUGCCCUCCCUGGUGCACUUGUCCAAGGUGCUAUGUACCGUACAAUCCUCCACCUUACUACUACAAUAGGGUUGUUUAUGAAUCAAACCCUGACAAUUGCUCCAUCAUGUGAUCGAUCAAUCAUGAUCAAACAAUCUACAGAUUCAAUAAUUAAGAGGAAGAGCCAUACUUGCCAAUUUGGGAGA